CGACGAUUUUGCGCAGUUUUCUGCGUCCCCUUCUCGCCUCUACUUUUCCCUGCUCACUAUAUUCCCCACCUCAACAAAGGUAUACUAUAGCGGACUUUCCAAAUGGCAUCAUCAAUUGAGAUCAGCGACCCUCUUACCAUGAACCUGCAGAGGCAGACUCGCCUCUUGCUCUCCCAAUUUCCCGCCGACUCACCUCACUCGGCUGCUAUCCAAAAUGUCUCUACGAACUCAGAGCUGCUGAACGUCUUAUCACAUCUGCUGUUGACUCCCGGCUUGACUGAACUCGUCGCGACUGCCUUCCGACCACUUCUAGUAGAUUUGUGCGCCCGGUGGUUGCAAAAUGAUCAGAACGAAGACGAUAAAUUCGAAGCUUUUUGCUUCUUGCUGGAGUUACAUCCUGAGAUCUAUCCUAUAUUCUCUGUGUUUUUGCGUCACCCUGGCCGCGAAGGCGGCCCACUAGCCUUUGUCAUGCGCAACGACAAUGUGCAACACAUUGGCUCCCUUUUCUUGCAUCGGAGGUUACUUGGUUAUUAUCGCAUUUUGCAAGCGAAUAGAGAAGUGCCCCGCAUACUUCUUUGGUCGCUCUCCCCACUUUCCAAACUCAUUUGGGCGCCUCACCCCGAUAACGGUGUGCGCUUCCUCUCUAUUCGGUGCUAUGCUUUGCAGUCCGGCAUGAUGGAAGGCGAGAGGAUGAAGAUGGAGAAAAAGCUGGUAGGCGACGUCGCCAAGGUGGAUAGCCCGAUCGCAUACGGCGCGAACGUCGACGGUAGCCCGGUUCACAUGGACGGUUGGAUCCUGCCGGGAAUGGAGGCAAACCGCAUCACUAAUGCAAGGAACGCUCACCUAAAGCCUCAAAACUAUUUUUCAUUCGAAGGAAACGACUCACGCGAGCCUAUUCAUCCGGCAGAACUGAGUCCUCUUGUCGUGAACGUGCAUGGCGUCCUCAUGUUCCGUUCCUCGAAAUCUGUUUCGCAAGACACUACACUUAUCGAGACGCCCACCGCGGUGCAAUCCCUGCGCACACUCGCCAUACAUCACUCCCUCCACGUGCCGACCCUGCUCACUUCGGCUCCCUCCUCGGGCAAGUCGCUUCUUCUCUCGCACCUCGCGUCCACCCUGUAUCCAGACGCCCACAACCAAAUUGUCACGAUCCAUCUCGCGGACACGUCCCUGGACGCGCGUUCGCUGCUCGGCUCAUAUGCGUCUUCGUCGACACGCCCAGGCGCAUUCGAGUGGCGCGAAGGCGUGCUUGUGCGUGCGAUGCGUGAGGGAAAGUGGGUCGUGUUCGAGGACAUCGACCGCGCAAGCAACGAGGUGCUCGGUGUCAUCAAGCCGCUCGUAGAAUCGCUCAGACUCGAUAAAUGGAUCGGCGGGCGCGCAUAUAUCGAGAUACCGAACAGGGGUACCGUCAUCGCUGAGGAUAGCUUCGCCAUUUAUGCUACGCGCUCGGUUUCGCCGUCGAGGAACGGUACAUUCGCUAGCCCAACCUUCUUCGGAGUGCACAAGUUCCACGAAAUGAUCGUCUCGUCGCCCACCCCCGAGGACCUGCGAAUGAUCGUCGACACGAAAUAUCCGCGAUUAGCCGGAGUUGCCGCACGAGGCUUCAUCCGCAUGUGGGAGGCGAUCAAAGCUCUGGGGCCGACAUCCUCCAUACGCGACGUUGGACUACGUGAGCUGGACAAGCUUUGCACACGUGCGGAGCACUUGUUGCCCACAUCCUCUCAAUCCAUGGACAUCGAUCUCGACGUCAACCGACCGCUCAUUCUCCCAAUCAUCUUUCCAAACCCGACUGUUCGCGAAGACCUGUACCUCGAGGCGCGUGACGUAUUCUUCGGCGCGGGCGCAACGACUGCGUCUGCCCGUGCGCACAUGGACGCUGUCGCAGCUAUUGCUGCAGAGCACCUGGGCCUGUCACCCGAGCGCCGGGACUGGCUCUUGCGCGGUCAUGCACCGGAGUUUGAGGUGGAGAAAGACGUGAAUGGGCGCACAACUGCAGUGCGUGUGGGUCGCACCCGGCUGCGAGCACGUGCAGCGAAGGGGCAAGUAUCUACGGCUCCUGCACGUCCGUUCGCGAUGCAUCGGCCGGCGGUGCAGCUCCUCUCGCGGAUCGCCACGGCCGUCUCUCUUUGCGAGCCCGUACUACUUACAGGCGAGACCGGCACGGGAAAGACGAGCGCCGUGACACAUCUUGCGGCACUGCUCAACCGACCUCUGGUGUCCCUCAACUUGUCGAACCAGACAGAAUCGUCUGACUUGAUCGGCGGGUUCAAGCCGGUAGAUGCACGCGUGCCAGGGACAGAACUCCAUGCUCGGUUCGCGGAGCUGUUCGAGGGGACGUUCAGCAGGAAGAAGAACGCGAAGUUUCAGGAGUCGGUGAGGAAGGCAGUGUUAGAGGGUAAGUGGAAGAGGGCGGUGGGGUUGUGGAGGGAGGCGCUGAAGUUGGCGAGGGGCAAGAUACAGGCAAGGGAGACUGGUGGAACGACGGUGGAGAGAGGCACUGCGGGUAUGGAGACACCAAGGAAGCGACGGAAAACAGAACACGAUGGCUUGAAUGUGUCCGAGGCCAGUUGGAUAGCGUUCGAGGAAGACGUACAAGCAUUCGAAGUGCAGCACGUGCAAGGCAACAGCAAAUUCGCGUUCGCAUUCGUCGAAGGUCUUCUCAUCAAGGCAUUGCGCAACGGUGAUUGGAUUCUCCUCGAUGAAAUCAAUCUAGCCACUCCGGAGACACUAGAAUGCAUUUCAGCUCUGCUACACAGCAGGGACGCGUCGAUCACGCUCACCGAACAGGGUGCAGUCGAGCCAGUCCCGCGCCACCCAGAUUUCCGCCUGUUCGCGUGUAUGAAUCCGGCGACGGAUGUCGGCAAGAAGGACCUCCCGCCUAACAUCAGAUCCCGCUUCACCGAACUCGACGUACCUUCACCGGACGCUGACAAGCAAACGUUGUUGAGCAUUGUGGAUCAAUACAUCGGCGGUUGCGCAGUCGGGGAUCGAGGUGCUGUUAUGGACGUCGCGGAGUUCUAUGCGGCCGUCAAGCGGUUGGCGGACGAGCGUAAGAUUGCGGAUGGAGCGAACCACCGGCCACACUAUAACAUGCGUACGCUUGCGCGCGCGUUGACGUAUGCGGCAGACCUCGCAAGCACGUAUUCGCUGAGACGGGCGUUGUGGGAAGGUUGCCUGAUGGCCUUCACCAUGGUGCUUGACGAGCCGAGUGCCGCAGCUGUUACGGCUCUGGCACAGCAACAUAUACUGGCUGGCGUGCGCAACCCGAAGUCGCUGUUGACCAGGGUACCCGUUGCUCCUCACCCCGCGGAUGCUUAUAUCAAGUUUGGUGCAUUUUACCUCGAACGAGGGCCCCUGCCGGAAGAUCCGGUCGAGAACUACAUCAUGACGCCCUCUGUGGAGACGAAGCUUGUGGACUUGGCACGGAUCAUCGCUGCGAAAAGAUACCCCGUGUUGAUCGAGGGCCCGACGUCUAGCGGCAAGACAAGCUCCAUCGAGUACCUGGCGAAGCGGACCGGUCAUCGCUUCGUGAGGAUUAACAACCACGAGCAUACUGACAUCCAGGAGUACUUGGGCACGUACGUGUCUGAUCCGAUGACGGGCAAGCUCGUCUUCAAGGACGGCCUUUUGGUCCGAGCGCUCAGGAAUGGCGACUGGAUUGUGUUGGACGAGUUGAAUCUCGCACCGACUGAUGUCCUCGAAGCGCUGAACCGUCUUCUGGAUGACAACCGGGAGCUUGUCAUUCCCGAGACGCAGGAGGUCGUCCGUCCACAUCCUCAUUUCCGACUAUUUGCCACACAGAACCCGCCUGGACUCUAUGCCGGGCGGAAGGUCCUCUCUCGCGCAUUUCGGAAUCGUUUCCUGGAGGUACACUUCGAGGACGUUCCUCAGACGGAGCUAGAGACCAUUCUGUGCCAGCGAUGUCGAAUCGCACCAUCGCACGGCCAGCGCAUCGUCAGCGUCUUCCAAGAGCUCCAGAAACGGCGUCAGUCGGGUCGUGUUUUCGAGAGCAAAAACGCCUUUGCCACUCUCAGAGAUCUUUUCCGAUGGGCGCAGCGAGACGCAAUCAACUAUCAGGAGCUGGCAGAGAAUGGCUAUAUGCUCCUAGCUGAGCGUGCACGGCGCGCAGAUGACAAGAUCGUCGUGAAAGAGGUUAUCGAGUCGAUCAUGAAGGUUCGUAUCGACGACGAGCGCCUGUACAACUUGCAAGGCUACCGCGCUGAACAACCUGACUUUUUGGGCUGCCCUAUUCCUGCUAAGGGCGAGCUGGUCUGGACAUCUGCUAUGCAAAGGCUCUUUGUUCUCUUGGCUCGGGCUCUUCGGUUCAAUGAGCCUGUGCUUCUGGUUGGAGAAACGGGAUGCGGUAAGACGUCUGUUUGUCAGCUGUAUGCUAGCAUUCUGUCCAGGACGCUACGGACCGUGAACUGCCACCAGAACACCGAGACAGCUGAUCUCAUCGGUGGGUUGAGGCCGAUCCGUAACCGCGCCGCUAUCGAAACUGACACACUGCGCGAGGCAUUGUUUGUCCUCCAAAAGAUGGGUAUUGAUAAUUGUGCAGCUGAAUCUCAGGCUCUAAUAUCUGCUGUUGAUGGUCUCUUGAAAUCGACUGCUCUCGAUGCUUCUGCACUGGCUACACUAAGAGCGACUCGGUUGAAGCUGCAGCGGCUGUCGGCUCUGUUCGAAUGGCACGACGGUCCACUGAUAGAGGCUAUGCGUCAAGGUGACAUCUUCUUGCUGGAUGAGAUCUCACUGGCCGACGACUCUGUACUGGAGAGAUUGAACAGUGUCUUGGAGCCUGAAAGAACCAUCGUACUCGCCGAACGAGGGGGAGAUAACCUCGAACUUCCUUCAAUUCGAGCCGUCGAGGGUUUCAAGCUGGUGGCAACCAUGAAUCCAGGUGGCGACUACGGCAAGAAGGAACUGUCUCCGGCCCUCAGGAAUCGGUUCACGGAAAUAUGGGUGCCCCCUCUUACGGAUCGACGAGAUAUCCAGUGUAUCGUGGAGAGCCUUUGGCAACACGAAUCGUUGCAGGCGUGUACUUCACCUCUCCUGGAGUUCGUCGAGUGGCUCUGCGCACAAGCCGCCGACCGGUCUGUCGUCAGCAUUCGCGAUAUUAUCGCAUGGGUCAAUUUCACGAAUGCAGUGUUUGCCACAAAGAGUGGCCAAAUGCCGGCCAGCCAGAUUUUCCAUCAUGCUGCUCGCAUGACCUUCAUAGAUGGGCUCAAUUCCCUGCCGCAGUUCUCUUCAUACUCGUGGGAUUCCAUGGAGAAAGUAACGAUGGCGGCCUUGGGCAAGCUUCAGGAGCUGAUUCCUGUGGUGGAGGAGAAAUGCGCACAAUCAACCUCUGUCCACCAGUCGUCAUCAGAAAUACAUAUAGGAUCCUUCUCAAUUCCCCGUGGGCCUGAGCAAUGUGUGUCCCAGCAGUUCAGCUUCCUCGCACCGACAACACGUGAUAACGCUAUGCGAGUGGUGCGAGCAUGCCAGCUGCCUAAACCCGUGCUUUUAGAGGGCAGCCCUGGUGUCGGUAAGACCAGCUUGAUCAGUGCGAUCGCUAGUAUCUGUGGGUAUGAGCUUUGCCGUAUCAAUCUAUCAGACCAAACGGACUUGGUGGACCUAUUUGGAUCAGACUUGCCCGUCGAAGGCGGUGACCCCGGCCAGUUUGCCUGGAAGGAUGCUGAUUUUCUGAAGGCUUUACAAGAGGGCCGCUGGGUGCUGCUUGACGAGAUGAACCUUGCUCCACAAGCUAUCCUGGAGGGUUUGAAUGCCGUCCUGGACCAUCGCGGCACAGUCUACAUACCGGAACUCGGUCGUUCAUUCACACGUCAUCCAUCUUUCCGUAUCUUUGCUGCGCAGAACCCGCUGCAUCAAGGCGGUGGUCGUAAAGGCCUUCCAAAAUCGUUCCUGAAUCGUUUCACCAAGGUCUUCGUUCAGGAACUCACGGCGGAUGAUAUGCUUGUCGUCUGUAAAAGUCUUCAUCCUGACAUUUCAGACGCCACUUUGCGGCCUAUGAUCUCAUAUACCGCGCAACUGAAUGAAGAAAUUAUGGUCAAACGGGCAUUUGCCAGAGAGGGCUCGCCUUGGGAAUUCAACCUCCGUGAUGUAAUACGAUGGGCCACACUGCUGCAACGCUCGGGCCCAAAUACACAUCCUGCUCAGUUCCUGUCCUCGGUAUUCCUUGAGCGGUUCAGGAAUGUAAACGACAGGCGACAGGCUCGAUUGCUCUUCGACCGCGUAUUUGCAGACUCCUCACACCCGACAUCCCCUUCCCUGUCUGUCUCGCCGGAGUACCUUCGGGCUGGCAAUUUCUUUGUUGAUCGAGUUGGGUGCUGCCUCGGUCAUCGCGCGGGACAGGCUCUACAGGCGUGCACCGCUACAAUCGAAAGCGUUGGCACUUGCAUAUCGAAUAAUUGGUUGGCCAUAUUGACCGGAUCCCACGGUACAGGAAAGACGGCACUAGUGAGGUUGAUGGCCCACUUAUGUGGCAAGACCCUAAAGGAGCUGGCGGUCAAUAGUGCAACCGAUGCAGCCGAUCUUUUGGGCGGUUACGAGGAAAUUGAUAUCGAAUAUCGCAUUUUAGCGCUCGUCCGAAGCGUUCUUUCAUUCUUUGACGCAAUAUCAUGUUCUACUAGCGGUUCGAAGAUUCAUGCCACCGCGCAGCUUGAUGCCCUCGAAAAGAUCAUCCACGCGAACCGCCUCACCCACGAUGUCCAAGAAAUACUCGCGAACAUGUCUCACCUGCUCUCACUUCCCCUAGACAUACCUGAGCAGUCGAGGGCGCAGCGCGAUAUUCUUUUGUUAAAUGUGACAAAGAUAUCUAAUCUGGUUGGUCGAAAGGGACAAUUGGAAUGGGUCGAUGGACCUCUUGUAACUGCCCUGAAAGAGGGAUGUUGGCUCGUCCUGGACGGUGCAAACCUGUGCAAUCCCUCGGUGCUAGACCGUCUCAAUUCUUUAUGCGAGCCGAACGGUGUCUUGACCCUCAAUGAAAGAGGCCAGUUCAAUGGGAAAAUCGAGAUCAUCAAGCCACAUCCUGAGUUCAAACUGUUCAUGUGCAUGGACCCUCAGUUCGGUGAACUAUCACGAGCCAUGCGAAACCGUGGCAUAGAAAUCUCUCUAGUGGAGACACUGACCGAAGAGGACCGAAGAAGGGUUCUUGACCAUCUUCAUCUUCCUGCCAUCUGCUCUUCCAAUGUGAAGGACGCAUCGCUCCUGUAUGAGAUCGCUAGGCGCGGCACGUGCCGGCGAGAUUCUGUCGCAAACAUGGAUGAUUGGUCUAGCGGACGUCUCAUUGGCGAGGACUCUCCGAAUGCUUGGGUGACACGGACCGCGCUUUCGUUGAACAUUCGGCAGUCCCUGCCGACAUUGGAGCAUCGUUCGGUCACCUACUUUGCCGCAAAUAGCAUGGUACCAAACUUCUCAUCAUAUAUCUCUCGGUGGAUCGCAUUGCCGUCGCCCAUAGGUCUAGCCGAUCAUGCACAGACAAUCAUGCAUCUUAUCCGCUCUUUAUUCAGCAGCGACUCCUCUCGCGCAAUACGACAGCUUCUCCAAAGCCAGUGCAGUCGAGUGCCUGACAGUUGUCAUGGCUUACUCCCCUACGAGCCGUUAGAAUCCCAAUUGCCUGACGAUCGUUCAGAAUUUGUGGCGGAGGACUUACUCAUGGUUCUUCGUCUGCUUGUAACUUUGCUGCUCGACAAGGAAGAUGACAGACUGCAUGGGGACGAAAGUCGACGAGUGCAUGAACAUCGUAGGCGGAGCGCCACGGACCACCUUCGAAUGCGGGCGGCGGAUGCAGCAAGGUUAUUGCUGGAGGCGAUGCACAGGGUGGGACAGGAUCGAAUUGAGCACAUUGAUGCAGGGCCAGCUAGUGUUGAUAUCGCCGUCAUGGCAAGAUUGUUAUCUUUUGCCUUCUACUUGAGAGCUGCCGCACUCGGAAAAUCCUUCGAUUAUUCCUCCGUCCAAGUUCUCCUCCGUUGGGUAUCGGAGACGUUGCGAAAUGGUUCGCCGAUGCUCGCAGACAUCGAAUCUCACGUGGAUAACUUGAGUCGCAUCGUUUGUCCUACAUCUGGAGUUGCCUUGGCAGACAUAUGGUCAUCUCUCGCCGAUCUCAACAUUCCGCGUAAUAUUCAGACGUAUCUGAUUGAUUUGGAGGCUGCUGUGCUGGGAUCGAGCAUUUUGGACGAGCGUUCUGAGGCUCUGGACCUCAUGGCAUUGUGGACGUCGCCAGAAAGGUCCUCAAAGACGGAACAACGCAAAUUGGUCAGCUUGAGUGAGAAUUUACUCCUGCGUUUAAGCACAGGUGAACCUCCGAUACACAUGGACGUACACCGUGUCGAUGCUCUAGCGCUUAUGGCUGAAUUGACCACCAUGUAUCGACUAGCAUGGCACUGGAACUCUCAGUUGACAGAAUCUGCAAAAGAUGCGAUUCACCAAUUCAUCCGUUAUGGAAGCCGUCACCUCAAAAUGUCACGCUUAGUUCCAUAUAGACAGUUGCUGUGGAUUUCUGAUAUGAACACAAAUGGUUCCGCUGAGGUACUAUUAUUCGCAAGGGCCCACCAACAGUGGCUUGAGACCAUUUGGGACCUAACUCCUGUUGCUCAGGCAAGAGGUCCUUCUAUCUUAUUUCUGCCUGUGGAAUUGCACGAGUCUGUCAUGAACGAAGAAGAAAGGUCCUUGAAACAUUUGCGUUCGCUUGAAUGUUCUCUGCUCCGCCGUUCAGAGUUCUAUCUGGCUCAAUUAGCUGAACAUGAUGUCACACGGGCGACGCAAGUCACGAUUCUGCUAUUGCAAUCCAUGCUUAUGAUUGCAGCCUGCCUAGAGGACGAAAGUAGCAUGGGAGACCACGGAGACCUCAUCAGAGUUUUGCCCGGCCAAGAUCUGUCACGAUCUAUCCUCAUCACCCUCGCUCAUCUGGAGAAGACUCCUCACGAGGCGUUUGGGACCUAUGUCCAUCAGCAUCUGCGACCAGCACUUAAACAAAUGCAUCACUCGCAUGAGAAUUCCAGUCCGUUAUUACUUACGGACGUAGGGAAGUGUUGGAUUGCACUUGGUCGGGCGCUGCUCGGCUUAUAUGUUCCAAAUACCCCUAUCGACCCUGCAGCCAUGCAACAAUUUGCCAAAGGCUUCUGGCAAGAUCAAAUCACGUUGCUAUCUGCUCAGCUUCGGCUUCAUUUGCAGUUCAACUCUCUUAUGCAUGGACAUAGCAGCAGCCCUUCGACGCACUUCCUGCAGGGUCUACUACACGACGCCGAGCUGUGCUGCGAACAUCAUGCCCUGUACUCUCAUGCGCGAGGCGAUCUGGCCCGACUGCAUUCGUUCUGGGCUGAAGUUCUGCAAGUGAUGUCUCAGGUUAUUCCUCCAGCCAAGGUCGACUCUAUCAUUGCAGAUUUGACAAAUGGGCAAGGUCAUGCGAUCUCACGAGAAAGUCUUCUGCAAGAGUCGUUGGCUGCAUUCCUUCAGCGACUUCGUGAUGCUUAUCCGGACUAUUUGGAUAUCAGCGGGCCCAUCCAUCUAGCCAUUUUAUACAUGAAGUUGGGACUACGCCUAGUCGCUGAUGGAGUCAAGCAAACAAGCAUCAGCGUUGUUGCACCUCUGGCUGAAGCCCUAGUGGCCUUCCCAUCAGUAAGAAGUGUGGACCUGUUGCUUCGAUGUCACAGCCUUUCGUCGACACUUCCUAUUGCCAGCUCAAUGCUGUCGACAAGUUCUACUGGAAUCGCACUAAAUGUGUCUCUUGGGAUGGGUCUUGCGGACGUUGUUCCUAUGCUUCAAAUUCUCUACGAACAGAUCUACGGCUUGUGGUCUGUAGAUCGAGCCAGAAGAGAAGAUGCAGAACGUCAAGCGCAAUCCUUGUAUCGCCAGAGCACAACUGAGCACAAGCCUAUUUCCGAUGCAGAUCUGGAAGAACAAGAGUUCCUGUCGCUAUUUCCUCAAUUCGAUCAUACCUUAGAUCCCGAUGCGACAGGACAAGCAGCUACGAAGAAACUCACACUGGGCAAUGAUUGUCCUUCCAUGGUCCAGAUCGGCGAGAUUCAUUGUUGGUUGUUUGACAAGACUGCCUCUGCCUCAUCUGCUUUGAUCACUACGCUAUUCGUACGUUUGCGACGGCUCCUCAUACCGGAUCUAUUGGAUGGCGAGCUAGAGAGCAUGCCGGAGACUCUGGACCUCGAUAGCCAUCCCUUCCGGUUGGCGUUACUUCAAGAGCGUAUAGCCUCGUUGCGUGGCGAUAUCAACGUCCGGGACAAGGCUUACAGUUUCUACCUUGAUGCGAAUGUCCCAGAGGUGCGAAAGGCCGUCGGGAUCCUUCAUCGCCUUCAGGAUAGACUUCAAAGCCUGAUACAAGAGUGGCCCGAUCAGAUGGUUCUGCAGCACCUUCACGCACGUUGUGAAAGCCUUUUAGACCUUGAAUCCUCCAGUCCCAUCGCGAGAGUCAUUUCUGCGACAGAGCAGCUUGUAUUACAAAUGGAGGAUUGGGAGAUGUACUCAAAUCGGGACAACACUCUGAAAGCGUAUCAACAGGAGUUGGUAUCAUUGGUGGUCGAAUGGCGGCGUCUCGAACUUUCUUCAUGGAGAGGUCUGCUUCAGACUGAGGCUCACAAAUUUUCCGUCAGCGCCCAUGAAUGGUGGUACAAGCUUUAUGAAGCCAUAGUCCAUGGCGUCACUGCGGCUGCCAGCGAGGAACAGAAAGGCUCGAUGGACGCUCUUUCUCAAUAUCUCGACAGCUUAGUCCCUCUCUUGGACGAUUUCCUCACGUCUGGCCCGCUAGGGGAGUAUCAGUCCCGUUUCCAGCUCCUUUCGAGCUUCGGCGAAUACACCAAACAGCUGACAGUGCAUCACUGGAAAUGGUGUUCCGCGAUGAAACGGGUACAGCGCAUUGUGGAGUACAAUCAACGCUACUAUGGUCAGUUUGUGGCAAAAGUCAAGGCAACUCUGGAUAGUCGUCAGACCGAAUUUGAAAAAGAAGUCGCUGACUACAUCAAAUUGGCGAGUUGGAAGGAUAUCAACGUGCUAGCUCUGAAACAGAGUGCCCAAAGGAGUCAUAAGCAGCUGUACAAAGUCAUCAGGAAGUUCCGUGAAGCGUUACGUCAACCGGUGAAUGAAUACCUGGACCUGCGGAACACUCCUAAUGUUGUCGCUGAACAACACGCCAUUGUCAAGGACGACGCGUUCCCGCGCGUGCCUCUUGACCUUCAGCUAGCCGGAUUCUCCUCAUCCAUGGACAUAUCUCCUCACCUCGCCAAUCUGUGCAGAACUUACGGGGCCUUUCAACAAUUCAUUGCUGAUCAAGUCAAGCCUUGCAUUCAGUCAAUAUCUCCUAGCGACGUCGAUGAGUUGACGGAUGCCAUUGCGACCACCUCUAAGGCUCUUUCAAAGACCGCAAUCCCGCAUGACAUCCCAACUGAUCAGAGGAACAAGCUUGCGAAGUCUCUACUCAAUCGGAAACGGCGAGCAUGGAGCGACCUUCUCAAGGAGCUGAAACGGAUUGGUUUCUCCACGAAUGCGAAGCCAGAGGUGUUAGAACAUAUGCGAAAUCCUCGUCAAUUCAGAGAACAAAACCUCGGAGGCUCGACGUCCCCCGACGCACAUACUGCAGCAAGGAGCGGAGACUACUUAUACCGUGUGGCUCACAUUUUACCACGACUCAGACUGGUUAUGGGGAACCAUCACCAGGACUUGACCACGAGAGAAGUUCAGAGGGGCGUUAUGCUCGUCGAGUCUGGCUUCGCAAUGGGUGUUGAGUCUCGAGUCUGCAUUAUGAAUGCAUCGCAGACACUUGAACGACUUAGUAAAGUAGUCUCUCGCCUUUGCAUGCUCACCCAUGGCAGAGUAGUUUCUUCAGGAGCCACAAUCGCAAAACAAGUCUCGAUAGUCCAUAGUUUCAUUUGCAAGGUGCGACACGCCCUCGGAGAAAUCCUACAUGACCGACGAUAUAUGGAGAACGCCGUAUCUGGAGAAGUUACUGACGAGUUGAGGCUCGCGAUUGAGACAUCCAGUAACCUUCAGGAGCGUCUGUCACAAAUUCUCGUAAAUAUACAUUUAAGUGCUACGCCAAUUCUUCUGGAAGACGAGCACAAAAUGGUCAAGGAAGCUCAAGAACAUCUGACGACGAUUAUUGCAAUGUCCUGUCGGUGGGCUGCGAGCCAAGAUCCUAUCAAUGCUUAUGCACGACAGCUGCACAUCUGGCUCCAGGACUACAGCCACUACGAGAUAGCCUCGGUGCCUUACGAGCAAGGCCCUGAUGGGACACCUGCACUGAUCGAUGUACUACUGAUCAGGAUCCAGGAGAUUCUGGCAAUCUGCCCGAAGGACCAGGACAGUUCAACAGAAACUAGAAAUGGCUUUAUCCGUCAUGAUUGCGAGUUAUCGAUCAAGAUGACGCGCACUCUUGGGCUUGACGUCGUUUUGAGUCAAUGUGACGCGGUCCUCAAUGAAACCGCUCGCUGUUCAAAAGCUGCACUGCAGCAAAGGCUUUCACGGAUCCUGCCAUUCCUGGUUCAGUUCAUGGACAUGGCGAAAGAACAGCUGUUGCGUCAGAGCGCAUGGACCAAUUCACUUCUGAAGCUCGAGUACGUUGCUUGUUCUGUGAUACUCAGCGUCGCCAGAGAAGGUUUCUGCCGGCCUCCUGACGUGGAAGAAUCGGAUUCUGGAGAGGGCGAUGUUGAGGUGGAUGCUGAAGGUACCGGAGUGGGAGAGGGCAAGGGGAUGAAUGAUGUUAGCAAAGAGAUCCAGGAUGAAAAUCAAGUUGAAGGGCUGAAGGGAGAAGAAGAGGAUGUCGAUGAAGAGACUGAAGCUGCGCAAGAUGGUGCGAUCGAGAUGAGCGAUAAUGUAGAUGCUCGUUUGCAAGAUGUGGCAGGAAGCGACCACGAGGAGGAGGAUGAUGAUGAUGAAGACGAUGCGGGCCCUGAGGAGCAAGUGGGCGAUCUGGAUGCGUCAUCGGAUCCUGCAGCUGUCGAUGAGAAACUCUGGGGUGAUGAGUCAGGUCCGUCAGAGCCUGAACGGGGUGAUGGCAAGACUAAUGAAGACCAUUCACGUCGCAACGGAGAAUCUGAGAUUGUGGCCAAGGAGGACGAGACGAUGAAGGAAGCAACAUCAGACAAAGGUCAUGAUGCGGAGGCGGCACCAAAGGACACAGAUGCUGAGCCAGAGGAAGACAUUCAAGGAGACGGUGGUGAACCACAGGAAGAUGAAAAUGGUGAACCUCUAGACGAGUUCAUUCCAGACACGAAUAUAUUGGACCUGCCUGACGACAUGAACUUCGACGCUGAGAAGGAGCGACCUGACCAGAAUCAAGAUGAGAAUGAUAUGGAUAUGGGUAAGGAUACGGACGGGAUGGAAGAGGAAACACUCGAGCAGUACGAGGAAGGCGAAGAUGCUCCGCAAAUGCUUCAGGAUGAUCUGCUACAUGCAGAGGAAGAAACAGCCGAUGGUACAUCCCAAGUCAGGCAAGAAGAUGCCGGCGGCCCCGACGCCCCUCCAGACGAGACAAAGGAUCAUACUACCGCUGCGGCCGAUCUUCAUGCAGGCGAUGGCGUCAAUGAUGGCUCUCCUCAAGAUGCUUCUGGAUCUCCGAGUCAUCAGAGUGCCCUCGACCAAGGGACCAGCGCUGUUGAACAAGCUAUAGGGGCAGGCAAAGCCACUGCUUGCAGCGAUGAGCAGGAGGACAGCGUGAUGAACGAUGAAAUGAACGGUGGAGCGGAGGCUCCUCAAGACGAGCGCGACCAUGAAAGUACUGGCGAAAAUGCAUCGAUUUCGACACAAUCCCAUCCUGGCGGUGCAUCCUCUCGUGCGGCUCUUGAACAGACCUCAAGGAGCUCACUUCGUAACCUUGGUGACGUUCUGCGGGACGUAAGUCGGCGGUUUGAUGACAUCAUGGACACUGAGGGGCUUCCUGAGGAGAAGGCUCAGAACGAUGUCGAUGACACUUCUCAGAUGCAAUACUCGCAUCCCGAUUCCACUAUUGACCAGAUGCAGGCCUUAGGACCGGCUCCACAGGAUCAAGCUGCCAAGCUUGACGAGCUCAGUUUCUCAGAUGGGAAAAGCGAGCCAAAUGUCUCAAUGACAUACAUGGAAACUGAGCCUCAAGAGACACAACAAUCGCCGGAUCGGGUUGCUGCUUUCCACUCAGAGCGAUCAUCGCAGAUCAUAGAGGAGGGUACGGAGAAAGCCAUGACCAAAACAGAGAUUCGUUCACGGUUACUGGGCACAGAAAGCGGUGAAUCUAGUGCAGCUCUCCCAUCGACCCUAGACAUGGUCUCUCUAGAAGAAGCGUCGAAAGACGUCGAAUCCAAGUUGCGAGAGUGGCAAGCUAGUGGUCAGCCUUCGGAAUGUGCAGGGGAUAUCUGGCGCCUUUAUGAAUCACUCACACACGACUUGUCCUACGCUUUGUGCGAGCAGCUACGACUGAUUCUGGAGCCGACCCAGGCAACGCGACUGAAGGGUGAUUAUCGCACCGGAAAGAGGCUGAAUAUGAAGAAGAUCAUUCCGUACAUCGCGAGCGAAUUCACAAAGGACAAGAUCUGGUUGCGGCGGACAAGGCCCAGUCAGCGAGAGUACCAAGUUCUGAUCGCUCUGGAUGACUCGAAGUCCAUGGCAGAGUCGCACUCCGUUCAUCUCGCAUACGAGACGCUAGCACUAGUUUCGAAAGCUCUCAGCCGUCUUGAAGUGGGCGACAUCGCUAUUGCGAAGUUCGGCGAAACUGUGGACGUUCUGCACGCUUUCGACGGUGGCCCAUUCACAGACCAGGCGGGAACGAAGGUCAUCGACGCAUUUCGAUUCGAUCAGAAGGCUACGCAGGUGCUCUCGCUUGUAGAGACGAGCCUCCAGCUCCUCGAGCAAGCCAGGGAGAGGCGCACAGUUAGCUCUGCGACUGCAUCGGACUUGUGGCAGUUAGAGAUCAUCAUCUCUGAUGGUAUUUGUCAAGACCACGAGACGCUCCGCACGGUCCUGCGAAAGGCAGAGGAGCAGCGCGUCAUGGUCGUCUUCGUCAUUCUCGACUCGCUUCAUACGAAAAGCUCAGCAGACGGAGAGUCCGCAAUCCACAACUCUAUUCUGUCGAUGACCAACGUGGCCUACAGAAACGUUGACGGUCGCAUGGAUAUUCAGAUGGAACGUUACUUAGAUACCUUCCCCUUCGAGUAUUACGUCGUCCUGAGGGAUGUGGAGGCUCUCCCAGAUGUUUUGUCAGGUACAUUGCAGCAGUUCUUCGAAAGAGUAGCAGAGAGUUAAUUUUCAUGUUCGUAUCUACAACUGAUUGCAUGUACUAUCAUUCUUGUAUAAUCUAUAAAAUGCGGCAUGUCAUACAGUGGAAACUUC